AUGCCGGCGGAACGUAGCCAGUAUCGAAAAAACAACGUACGCCCAAACCAACAGAACACUGUUACCAACAACGGCCUUCAAUUACAAAGUCCGAGAUUUAACAAGAGAAGCAAAAAUCUUGGUGCCGAAAGUGAACAACUGGUGCUCGUGACUCACCAUUGGAUAUUCCGCGGCUCCGGUGGCGUCGACCUUCAGAGGUUUGUUGAGGACAUUUUUAGCUCGGGCGGAAUACUGCUGUUUAGAAAACCAAAAAACAAGGCCAAGGCCCAAGGUGCUGAAGUGAGUAGCCGUGGAGGAGAUAAAUCGCCUGCGGAUUCUGCGCGCGCAGAACGACACCGUAGUCCGAGCGUGAGUCAAGCAUCGAGUAGAUAUCAACAAGCUGAAGAGACACGUCCUAACCAGUUCGAAGGACAAUUUAGGGGAACUUCUGACGAACCUUUGUCUCAUAAUGAUGAUAAGUUUCAGAAUUCCAAUAGAGAUCGAACCAAGCUGGAUGUAGAUGAUGUUAAACAGGAGAACUUUACAAAGAGAUCUCGCAGCCGCUCGCCUGUCAAUUCAGCUAAUUAUGAAGAUGAUCAGAGACUUAAAACCUGGGAUAAAGAAAGUGAGAAAAAUGAGGCUAAAGAGAAUGACAAUACUGAUAAAGUUGGAAGAAAUAUUACUAGAAGUCAGGAUCCUACGACUCAAUCUAUCAAUGGAGAGAAUGAUAGCGCUGGCAGUAAACGCAUACAAGAGGAGAACAAUAAUGAUGAGUUCGUUGGCAGUCAAAAAGAUAGGACAACAGACAACAACUCCGAAGAAUUGAGACGUAGAAGAGAUAGCGAACGAUCAUCUGCGAGUGUUGGCAAUCGUGACAAUUCUAGACAUCCACCAAAGUAUCAGGAUCGAGCAAAUGAUGACCGAACAAACAAUCUGCCUAGCUUUAGUAAUGACAGAAGUCCAAAUGGACCUCGCGAUAAAAGUGAAGAAAGAUCUCCAGGCUAUAGAAAUAACAGUAAGAAUGACAGCAAAUAUCACAGCACAAUAGAUGUGCGAGGGCGUGAGGAAAGAGCUGACCAGGAAAGGAACAUGGAAGGAAACCGAGACCGAGACAGGAGUCAGGAAAUAAACAUGGAUAGGAAACUGGAUAGAGACACAGAGAGAGGUAGGGAACGAAGCCUUGAGAUAAACGACCCACGAGGCCAAAAACGUUUGUCUAAUACUCCAGAAGAUUCUAUUUCUUACCCAUGGCGAAAGUGUUUUUCUGAGCGACAUCGAAAACCCUAUUACUACAACGAAAUUACGCACGAAAGCCGAUGGAAUAUACCACUGGAAGACAUGACUCGAACACAUUCUCGCUCAUUGUCCAAAUCUGAAAACCAUUCCGUUCCUUCGUCGAUCCAGGAUUAUUCUGGCCGUAGCAUUGGUCGUAGACUAACAGAAGACGACAUAGGCACAGGGGUCAAGAAACGUCAUCGUCCUGAUGAAAUUGACAUGAUCGAACCAACAUCCUCGCAAAGACGGCGUGAGCCGAUAAAUCGUCGUCGGAGUGGACUUGAGGAUGACGAGUUAAUAUCAGGUUCAGAAGGGAUGAACAAGCGAGUUGGGCAGAAUGUUGAACGAGGGAGAUUUGAGGGUAGAGACAUGGCCAGACGUCCAUCAGCAAGCUUCGAUAUAGAACGAGAUCGUAUAGAUCGUCUCGAUGCAGGUGAUUCUGACUUAUCAAUCAAACGUCCUCGAUCUACAACUUACCCCUAUCAUCCAUCCUCCGAGUCAUCGGAAACCAAUCUGCACUUGCACGGGCCAUCUCCUCAACGCCAAUCAAAUCGGUUUAUUUCUGAUCGUAGAUCAAAUUAUAUGCGUCAGAACGAUCCAAUUGGUAACCGAAGAGGACGAAUGCUUGAUGUAACUGGUGAUGAUAGAGUAGAUGGAUUAAGGUCGAUGCAGGGUCAAUACGGAAGUGGUCGAAUUGAUAAUUCAUACGGUAGACGCGCGAGCCAUUCCAUACAGCAUGAUAUGGGUGGAAUUCGAAAUAGAAUGGAAUAUGAUGAUCGUGGUGGAAGUUCGGGGUAUGCUAGCAGGAGGGAUAGUGGUUCUUAUUCGAGGAGAGAGCCGUCACCAUAUGGAAGAAGAGAUCCUUCACCAUACGGAAGAAGGGAACCAUCACCAUACGGAAGAAGAGAUCCUUCACCCUUUCGAAGGAGAGACCCCUCACCUUAUGGCCGACGUGAUUUUGCUCCGUACGGCAGAAGAACAAGUGCAUCCAGUCAACUGGAUUCUCCUAUUUACCGUUCUCAAACAUCCCUCCGUCCGCGUCCAUCAGAUCGUGACGACAACUCUAUAACCGCUUCAUCAUCCCGUAAACACCAAGCGGAUGUCUCUUCUUAUGACUCACGUGCAAAGUUUUCGAGCAGGAAUACUCAUGAUAGACAAAAUUUGGCCUCAUCUCAUAGUUACGAUAAGCCCUCAGAAGAGGUUAAAAUAAAGGAUGUUUCUAACGACGAUACCUCACCCGGAGAGAAUAAUGAUGAUACACAUGGUACUCCUCUGUUGUUACCUAAAUCACCUUCCCGACCGCCGUUCUUCAAGCGUAGAGCCAGAGAGACAGUUGCCGAUCAGAUUGCUCCAGUGGCUUGUUUCUUUACGAAGGGACGUUACUAG